UUUUCACGAGUCGAAGCUGGUCGUCUAGAAGCUCGCUACUGCGAAACAAAUAUUGCGAAACAUACUCUUGAACUGGUGUCAAAUUUCGAGAGCAUGGCGAAAUCAUUCGGCUUGAAUUUCAUUAUCGAUAUACCGAAUCAUCAAGAAUUUGAAAGAAAGUUAAAGCAAAAGGUGUUUUUGGAUUUGGACUUGUAUGAGAAAAUUGUGUUUAAUCUUUGUUCUAAUGCGUUCAAGUAUACUUGGCGCGGAAGUGUCACUGUUCGUCUAUAUACCGAUAUUAAAGAAUUAAAAGAGGUGGUCGUCUUUGAAGUGGAAGAUACCGGUGUUGGUAUUUCACCUGAACAUCUAUCAAACCUCUUCCAACGUUUUUACAGAAUAGAAUCACAUCAAGCACGUAGUCACGAAGGAACCGGUAUCGGCCUUGCUUUAGUAAAAGAGCUAGCAACACGCCAUGGCGGCGAUAUCGAAGUAGAGUCACAUGUUGACGUUGGUAGCAAAUUCAAGAUUUGGAUGCCGACCGGCUACGAUCACUUACCUCUUAAAAAUGUUAUUAUUGAAAGUAGCGGUGAUAUGCAUGAUGGGAUCGGAGAUAAUCGCGAAAAACAUCUUUACUCUAGUCUUGAUCUGUAUUUAGAUGAGAGCAAACAUUGGAUUCAAGAUGAGCCCAAGUUUAAUGAUAUUUCUAUACAACAAAAUAUUACAUUAGCGGAUGAACAAACAGCAAUCAAGUCUUUGCAGUCGUUGAAUCUUUCGUCGCCUAUUACUGAUUCUAUUACAUCUACAUCUCGUACAUCUCCAUUUUUAUCUGAAAAGUGUACCGAUUCGGAUAAAUCAGCUCUUAUUCUUAUUGUUGAUGAUAAUACUGAUAUGAGAAACUACCUCUCAAAUGUUCUAAAAACUGAAUUCAAAGUUCAAUGUGCAACCGAUGGACGUGAUGCACUCGGAAUAAUUCAAAAUAAAAAGAUACAUCCGGAUCUUGUGUUAAGUGGUAUGUAUUGA